UAUGCUCCAUUUAUGAUGACUGUGGCUCCCCCCAAUCAACAUCUUAACUUUUUCCAACCCAACCAAUCAGUGAUGCUGUGAAGUUAAAGGUAAGGUUUGCUCUCUGGGCAACGGGUGGAGCCCUGAGGGGACUGAUGAGCAUACUGGCCAGGUAUCACUCCCUCCGGUCUUCUCUGGUUCUGCUCCUUCUGCUUGUCACUUGCACUAUGGGCUGUAUUCAGAGCAUCGCCUGCAAGCCCCGUAUCAGAAGAGAGAACAUUGUGGUGUACGAGGUGUCCGCCUCCAUUGAUCAGUGUCCCACCAUCAUUGAGGAGAACUCACCGAUCGUGCUCCGUUACAAGACGCCCUACUUCAGGGCUUCAGCAGGAGUUGUGAUGCCGCCAGUGCCACGCAAUGAAACCUGGGUGGUGGGCUGGAUCCAAGCCUGUACCCAGAUGGAGUUCUACAACACUUAUGGUGACAUUGGCAUGUCCAGUUGGGAGUUACCAGAGCUCCGAGAGGGUCGGGUCAAAGCCAUCAGUGAUUCAGAUGGCGUCAGCUACCCCUGGUAUGGCAACACGACAGAGACAGUGACCCUCACCGGCCCUACAUCCAAACCGUCUCGCCUGACAGUCAGCAUGAAUGAUAACUUCUAUCCCAGCGUGACCUGGGCAGUCCCCAUCAGCAACAGCAACACACCCAUGCUGACCCACAUCACCAGGGACCAGAGUUUCAUCACCUGGCUGGUGGCCAUGAACUCAGUCACCAAGGAGCGUAUUGUGUUGCAAACUGUUCGGUGGCGGAUGCGGGUCGACAUCGAUGUGGAUCCAGAUAUGCCUCUGGGCUCUCGAGCAUCACUGGUGGGCCGACCCUACCAGGAGCAGCCACAUAUCCUCAACUACCAGGAGCCAAUUCCCCCCAAUGCACUCGGAAGGCCGAACGCCAAUGAUGCUCAAGUGCUGAUGUGGAGGCCGCGGAGAGGGGCACCACUUGUGGUCAUACCGCCAAAAUAAGAGUCAUUGCACUGACAAACAUAUAUAGGUGCUCCUUUAACAGAAAAAAGGUGAAGAAGUUGCGAAGUCUGAGGAUUUCCAUGUGGCUCCUGUUACAGUUAGCCAAAUUGGAUGUUACAUCCUGGAUCUGACACACCUGGCACAGCUGUUUCACCUGGUUUUCUGACACAAUGCCAGAAAACACAAGCCUGCAAGUGGCUGUUGUUAAGGACGGUGAAUGGUGUCAACGAGAAGGUUUAAACUGCCCAGUGAGCUUUGCCUGCAUUUUAGCAAAGAACAAACAGUUUUUAGAUGAACCACAGAGGUAUUCCCUUCCGAGAAGAACUGCAUCCUGCAUCCUUAUGUAGACCUUUUUUGCAUGAGAACGAGGAGACUGAAACAAGUCCCUGAAGAUUAAGAAUAUAAUUUGUUUUGUAUAACUUCUUACAUGAAGACAUUUUGACUGGGAACAAAAUGCUGCAGCCUUGUUAGACCUCGUCUGUGCCAACUAAGGCCUUCAGCACACUGGACAACAGUUAAAAGAUAUAUUCAGAUCCUUUCAAAGAAACUAUUAUAUGAAUCUUUUUUUUAGGUUACAAUUAAACC